UCGAAACUAAACACUCUUAGAAUUUACCAUAAACAACUUCAUAGCAAUUCAAACUUCUCUCACGCAGAUCAGAGCAACCUAGAAACAAAAUGACAAAUAAACCCUCAGAACUAUAUUUCUUCGCCGAGCAUGAGUUACGUGGUUACCACCACAAACCCACGAAUGGUGUCACAAAUGCAGACUCACCAUCAAUGCGGCUCACUUAGAUCUCUCAAGCACACGCAGCCCAGCUAGUCAGCGGCCUUUUAACUCGUUUCUAAUUGUAGAUCACACAGUUGACCCAGACUGAUUUGGGGAGUAACUGGACCAGCUAAGCAGAUCAUACAUACCCCUGUCAGCCCGAUUCACGAUUGUGAGCACUUACAGGGGCUUCAACGUUCAGUUUCCCGAUCCGGGCUCAACGCCAAUGGUUCGCUAACUGUCCAUCGCAUGAACGAACACGUUCUGUCGACAUGGUAGCUUGGCCCUGGAAAGCAAGCAAUCACCCGGAUGAGCAAAGAUGGGGGCGGAAGAGCUGUCGUUCGUGCCCAUCAGCCGUCAUAUGUCGUCGAUUCUCGUUUCAACUGAGUUCAUCAUUCUUCUCUCUUCCUUCCUUCACCUUCUUUUCCGUCUUGAUGACAUCGUCCUGGUGACAUUUUUUGUUUCUAGUCACUCGUUAUGGGCCCGUGAACGAUGCAGCAGAGCGGAAUUUUGCGGUGCUCUUUAUUAAUCGCGCUGGGCACGAUAGGGAUAUGGGCUACGGAGGAUGUUGGGGAUAUCCGGGGGGAUGCUGGAUCGUCACCACAGAGAGUGGCGCAAGUGCCACGAGGAGAAGAGCCGUUCUUAUGGAAUAACUUUGAACACAUCGUGGUCGAGAAGGACAGUUCAGUUGGGAAACUUAUAGUAGAGAGGAUACCGGACCCGACGAGAAGAAGCCCGAAAGAACAGGCUGCUCCAGCCUUAACGACGCCCCAACCAACAGCGCAACCGCAAAAGCGUCAGGACAAUGGCCAAGUCCAGGCGCUCUCGCAACAGCUUCAGUCGCUUUCACAGUCCGCGACUCAAGCACUGUCGUCCGUCUCGUCGAGCGCAUCUUCGGCCAUGAGCCUUGUAUCUCAAUCCGCACAGUCCGUCCGACAGUCCGCCGACCAAGCGGUCCGGUCUGCCAAUCAGAAUGCCGACGAUGCUAACCGGCAAUUGUCGCAGACUAUAUCGUCAGCUUCGAGCGCCCUCUCCGCAGCCAGUGCUCGCGCGAGCGAUGACCUAGGGCGGUCGCUAUCAAGCAUGAGUAGCCGUCUCUCGUCCAACUUAGCCAGUGCUCAAAGCAGCGCGAACAGCGCUAUAAGUGCCGCUCGGGUAGAGGCAAGUUCAAGUGCGUCAAAUGCGAUAAACAUUGCUGCCAGUCAAAUCCAAGCGGCAAGAGCCGACGCAAGUGGCAUAAGAGGCGAUGCGAAUUCUAUUGUCACACAGGUGCAAUCCAACUCUGUGUCAGGCACAAACGUCGCCGUAAUAGUUACGGUAUCAGUCGUUGGCACUGCUAUACUUACGGCCAUUGCCUCGUACUUCGUCGUCCGGUGUUUACGCAAGAAGCGACGAAACCGCGACCCUCUCGCGGGGGGAAUGAAUUCUAAUAAUGAAAAACAACAGUAUGACACGUCAUAUGAAAAACCGAUUGCCGUUCGCGGUACGGUAGCAAGUCCUAGUCCUCGCUUUACACCAUUUGGCGGUGGCACGGGCUAUCCAAUGGAUAAAUUUAAGCUCCCGGAACUGGGCCUAAGUCCCUUCUUAAGGAAGAAGACGAACGAGGCAAGCCCAAGCCUAAGCGAUAUUGGUUUUGCAAGGAGCAAUUACAGCCCCAGAGACAGCAGCAGAGAUGUUGUCGCAGGACCCUCUAAUAGUUCUAAUAGUGACGUUUACGGCGUCUCGCCGACGAGCUUCAGGUUACAGAAGGAGAAUAGUAUCAAGAGUGCUACAAGCGUGCGGCUUAUUCGAGUAGGCAGCAAUAAAGGCAAGGCCCAGGAGGAAGAUGAGACGGCCCUGUUGAGUCCAAUGAAUUCCCCGCCGCCACCGCUUCCUGCGCAGGUGCUGGCAGCACCAGCUCCAACACGAGUACCGGUAGCCGUAGCAGUACCCGUUACAAUGCAGGCGCAAUCGCAACAACAAUUUGCCGAACCUCCGUCGCCAGUAGAGUCUCAGGUUGCGGAGCCGCCACCAGCAACUAUCCGAGUUGUCCGAAACUCCGAGCCACCAGAAGACCCAGUGCCGGAUCCGGCCCCGAUAAAGCGCAGCGAGACAAUGAAUGUGAUGAGCACAAUGACCAGUCAGCAACGUCUCCGGUUCCGCGAUAGCAGUGAUGUCGAGUCAGCAGAGCCCUCGCCGGCCUCCGGAGCCUGGCGGCGCUCUCGCUCCGCAACAAUGUCCUCGAUGAGGAACACUAAUACGGCUUUCUUGCGCACGAACAGCACGAGUCCCGACAGCGUGGGCAGUCAGUCACCACCCAGGCGGCCCAAAAACGCUGGCCCGGCCAGCUUCGCCACAUUCCCGCGCAUUCGCGACGGCCCUCCACGAGGUUCAGCUGCGGAGGCAAUUAUGAACAGGGGUCGCUCGGGACUCAGCGGGGUCACUGCGCGACUCAGAGACGAAGCGGAACGGAGGAAGAGGGAGUUGGACGAGGUCGACGGCGGGAGGAGUAGUGUUAGGAUGAGCAAAGACGUCUCCGAGCCUGAGAAGAGGGAGACGCGGGGCCCGAAUUGGCCGUUCGGGAGUACCUAGCUCGUCAGGCUGGGCUGGGUAGAUGGUCGGAUCGAGGAUGUUGGGAUCGGGAUGUAAUGAGAGAUUGUUAGUUUAGGUAUGUAAUAUGUGGGAGGACGCCACACACGACUUUAGGGCUUGAAUGAAGGGUAUAGGGGAUUUGGAAGGAGAAACUAGGGGGUUGGGAAUGUUAGGAGUGACGGGAGAAGGAGAAGGGAUACUCUAAGUAAUCGUAGUCGGAACUGGAAUACCAUAUCGAAUAAGUGUUAAAUAUUUAUAACUAACUCGUAGUUUAUUCAUAUAUAUUUUUCUUACAUUCCGUGUCUCGAAUUUGUGUGUUUUUAGCGCCCGGCUCGAGUAGUGUUGGCGAUUAAGGAGGUAAUACCUAUUUACACAUCCAGUACCCUUAAGUGCCAG